AUGAAGUCUCUGAAAAAUGGUGAGAGGGUGCCCAAAAAGGAUGUCCAGAGAAUUCUGGAACUCAGCCAGAAACAAAGGGACGAGAUGAAGUCUCUCCAAGCAGCACUGCAGAAGCAGCUGGAUGAGGCUACAGAGAGAGCAGAGAAACAGCAGGCCACGAUCAAUUUCUUGAAGACAGAAAUGGAGAGGAAGAGCAAAAUCAUCAAAGACUUGCAGCAGGAGAACAAAAGCCUGAAGAACAAACUUCUCUCUGGCAACAAGCUGUGCGGCAUUCACGCAGAAGAGUCCAAAAAAAUCCAGGCUCAACUGAAAGAGCUACGGUAUGGGAAAAAGGAUUUGAUUUUUAAGGGACAGCAGUUAACAGACCUUGAACGCAAGUUAACAGCAGCCAAAGAAGAACUGGAGAAGGCAUCAUUGGACAAGGAGUCACAGCUGAAAGCAUUAAAGGACACAGCACAUCUUUGCUUCUCUUCUGUACUACACAACCAGCCCUCCAACACCCAUGGACUCCCCUCCACACACCCAGAUAUGUUGAGGUACUCCAACCUUGCCAACAACUCCAGAGUCACCUACCAGCAGCCACAUGGCAAGGAUAUCCCUAAAAUACUAAGGAUUGUUACAACAAAUAAAACACCAUUGAACGUACAGCCCAAGAAGACAGAAAACACAGAGCUCAAGGACUGCCAAACAGAAAAGGUUGGUGAGAACUGUUUCCAAAACCAGACAGAAAGGUUGUCAUUUAAGAAUAAAAUGACUGUGCUGAACUUGCAAAACCAGCAGAAAUCCCAACAGUGGCUGAAAGUUGGUAACGAUAUUGCAAAGCCACCAGAAGACACUGAGAAGACAGAAGGAAGCAAGAAAAAGACACAACAGGAAACGCCAUAAUUGAAAGACCGGAGUGGGAUACCAGCUCAGCUGUAAAUGUUCCAGGACUUUCUGUAUGCUCUUGAUGAUGACAGUUUGGGUCAGUUUAGUACAAAGGCAUGAAACCCCCUAUGCUCCCACCCUGAUGUUAAAACCACAAAGAAUAUGCACACACAGACACAAGCACACACAGUAUUGCAUAGGAAAUCAGCCCAGAUUCUGUUUAACUGCAGUGCACUUUAUCCUUAAUAUUGAGCAGUGAAAGAAUACUACUUUUGUUUAAGAGAAUGAGAAAUAAACAUUUUAUGCAUAGAUAAUUCACAUUCAAAUUAAUUACAGUUAAGGACAGAAUAACCUGCAGUUAAAUGAAUCUCCCUAUAUUUUAAUAAUACACAUCCCAGCCCUAGAUUUUGGACUGCCCUGUUGAAACAAAAUAUAUUGUAUCAGCAUGUGUUAUAGCCCACCAGAUUUUGGAUAUGUGGACUUUGGAAUUGAACUCUGUUGAAUGGUUGUAUAAAUUUUGGCUCUGUUUUUUUUUUUUUUUUUUAACAUUGAGAUAGUGAUAAAGUUGAACUGAAGUAAUAUGUCAUACAUGGCCUGUGGUAAAUUUACUGAUCUUUUUCCAGGCAUAUCUCAUUCCCUUUAUCAUGCUUAAUUAACCAAAAACUAAUAUGCAAAUCAAUGAACCUGUGGAAAAAAACAACACGACUAGUUUCUGCUAAUGUAAUCGGUUGGUCAACUUUUUUGAUUUUUGUUUGGCAACACUACUUAAACUUCAGUACGCCAAAGGUUUAAAAAAUUAAUUAUGCAUAGUGAUCUCAGAAUGUGUUUACUCAGACCUACAUCAUUAUCUGAUUUCUUGUUAUUUGAAUAAAAGCUCACUCAUGAGAUUUUUUGGCACAAACCUUGAAGAAAAUCCUGAACAGAAACCAUCGAUUUAAAAAGUGAAUUUCCCAAGGGACACACAACAAUUCUGAAGAAAAAUGUCGAAAAGAGGCCAGCCAAUUGUGUGAGCAUGACAUUUAACUAAUAUUUAAAGGUAGAGGAGGGCUUAGGAACAUUGUAAACCUACUGUACCUUGUCACUUCAAUGUACAUUAAAACUGCAAUUAUGUGUCCUUGGGUUAGAUUCCCUCAGGUUUUCUUUACUCCACAAUACGGGGCUCUGUACCAGAUAAUGAGGUAAGAAGUAGCAUGCCUGCAUAAAAGUAGAAAAAUAAUUUCUCCUGAGUUUAAUAAGCUCAUUCCAUUUGAAUUAACAAAAAGCGCUGUGUAAGAUAGCAUGUUUCAAUUUGUGGCUCACAUUGAUUAAUCAAUCAAGACACUCAUCUUAGAUUGCUGGGUUAAAUGUUAGUUAGCUUAAAUCUGUCCACUUAACUACCAGAGCCAUGCCUUUCCCACAUUUCCACACUGAAUUCAGCGGCCUCCCAAGCUACCUCUUAAACAACCAAUUUGUUUUCAAGGACACAGUACCAUCCUAACAUUUUUGUGAUAAUUCCCCUGCAGUCAAUUAACUAUAUCAAAACAACAGUAGCAAGAAGGGAAGUAAUCUGAUGAACUGAAGAGAACAGGGAAGGUGAGAAUCUUUAGUUUUAAGUUUAUUCAAAAACAAGAUAGCAGCUCUUGGACUUAAUUAUAAAAAAAAGUUUGCAGUCUGGGUUUUUAUUAUUAUUUUUAUUAUUAUUAUUUGAGAAAUGUAAAGAUUUGUGCAAGUAAGCUUGUAGUAUGGUUAGUGAAGUCAAUGAAAAUAAUUAUUUGGCGAGAUCAUCAUGCCCACCCUUUGCCCCCUACUAGUACAGUGUGGACCUGCAUUUUUCCUAUACAACAAACAAUUUUGUUAAACAAAUAAGCACACUUUUAAACCACAGGCAUUGUCAAGACCUGGUACUUGUAUUCCCUCAUCCAUGUUAAAUUUAAUUACAGAAUGAAAUGUGAAUUUACACAGAUCAAAAUGCCCCAAGUUCUUAUUUGCAUGUAUGUAGCAAAGCCACAUAGGAGAGUUCUGUUUUCAAAAGCAGUGUGUUGGAAAGCCUUGUCAGGUAUAGGUCAUGUAAGAGUAUGGUGGCUUUCUUGCUUAAAUUUGCCUUCACUUCUGUCUAUCAAUUCUGUGUGAAAAAAUUACCUAGAUUUGCCAUUGUUUUUAUACUGUACAGUCAAUAUUUGUGAAAAUGAUCUUAUUUAUACAGUUGAUAAUUUAUAGGGAGGUCUGAAGCAAGGUGUGAUAGCCUACACACACGCAGAUGCGCGCAUAGAGAGAGAAAGAGAGAGAGAGAGAGAGAGAGAGAGAGAGACUUGGGACAUCCUUUCCCAUCUUUACAGUCCAAAUGUUGUGAGGGUGAAACGUCUUCUGGGUCCACUGCAAAAGAACCAACUGAUAUCGAUCCCAUUUAGCAUUGAUAACCAACAGUUUAAAUAUCAGGUGGUAUCAGUCCCAUUUACAGGCAACAGUCAGAACUUUAAAAAGCAUUCAAUUCUAUUUUGAGAAGCUGUUGUUAGGGCACUGUUCUAGUGUAUGGAUGGUAUUAAGCACAGUCAGUGGAAGUUUUGAUUGUCACCAGCUACAUUGUGGAGCAGCAAAUGAUUGGCCAUCUGUCAUUUGGGUAGGUGAUAAUUUCAUUCAGUGGCAUGUCCGUGGCUUAUGUAGCAGUGAUUCCCCUCUGGCCAAUCAGUCUGUCUGCCUACAGUCCAUUUCUGAGGGUAUGUGAGCUUAACUGGUAGACGGUGGAAUAGAUAGAAGCAAUGGCUUGGCAUUACAUGUUUUGUGGGAAAGAAAAUGCUUGUUCACACUCUCCUGACUACAGAGAGGACAAUGCAGCAAUGAACAUGAACCCGCAUAAACUGGACAUUUCUAAUUGGAAGAAACAUAGGAAUUUUUUUUACAUUUCACACAAAACUCUUUGCUGAUAUUUGGCAAACUAUAGACAGUUAUCAUUAGAUUGGUUAAACAACACUAUUAAAUCACACUCAGCUGCUAAAUUCUGCAGAUAUGUCUUCAGAUUUUCUCAGCACUGGGGUAAUCAUAUGUUUUUCAAACAUGAGGUGGGAGCUAGUCAGACCUGUGUCAAAUAUUUUAUUUGAAAUACAUUAACCAUUUAGACACUGGUGAAAUUAUUGCAGAUAACUGUCAAUUGGAUAAGAAAAAAUUGGAUUUAUUUUUAUGAUAAUUAAAAAAUGGUUAGUAACAUUUGUUUAAAAUUUUCAGAGAUUUGCAGGUGUAUUUUCACAUUUUACUUCGAUAUCAAAGCACUUCAAAUAUUUAUUUGACCCUGGUCUGGAGCUAAUAAUGCUAUAGCAAUGGUAAAUUAACAUAUUACAUAUACAGCUUCAAAAUAUGCAAUACAUUCUGCAGCGACGGACCAUUUUACAGUAGUUAAAAGCUAGCUAGGUUUAUAAUUGGCCACUAACACCCCAGAACACUCUGAAAAAUGUGUUGAUACCAACUUGAAUAUGAAUUGUGUGUACCCAAAAUAAUGUCUACAUUUUUCAAAGGUACUUUUUUGUGUGAACAUAAACUUUACAGGGGGAGGGGGGAUUCUCUGUGAAAUAUAAAAGGGACAUAAACAGCUUUAGUUCAUUUCAGACUGUGGGCAAAUUAUGCUCCUGAACAUCACAUUGAACAUAUGUAGAAACCAUGUGAAACUCAUAUUCAACAGCUGUUACAACAUUGUGGUUACCACAUAAUAACUAUUGUAAUACAACAUUAUAGCGACUUCCAAAUCGGGCGCUAUGUUCUAUGCAUUCAGGUCUGAAUUGUUUUUUCUUAACCCUGCAUACACCUACUUAUUAAAUCAUUAACAGUCUUUAUGUUGCUCCUGUUUAACAUGAAGGGAAACCUGACGCACUGCAGCCCAUCCAGAUCAUCUGGAAGAUUGAUGUUGUUUUUGAAAUUCCACCUUUGGUGAAAGCAUUUCUUCUUUUGAACAUCAUGGGACACAAAAGGGCCAUCCCCAAUACCAAUAUGUUAAGUUCAUGUGCAUAGAAUUUGUAAUUGUAAUAGUAUUGCAAUUUUCCAAAUGUUUUCUAGUAUUUCACAGUAUAUUUAGUUUGGAAAUUUCUCUUGUAAUACACAGUAUCUGUUUGUUUCAGAGCAAUAAUUUAAAAAUACAAAAAAAGAAUGUGUGUUUGUGUGUCUGUGUGUGAAGGGGGCAUUUGUAUGAUUAACUUUGAAAUAUGACUUGUAUCUGUAAUUUAUAGGAUCGUUGUUUGAAAUGAAUCUUGGUUUUGUAUAUAAAAAAUGAUCAUGGAAAUCUUGACAAUCAACCUUUUCUUUAUUUAUAUCUCUUUUAUGGUGGAUUACACUUAAAACUGAAGCAUCAAUGCUAUUAAAUUGAAAUGUCAAUGCCAAAAGAAUGAAAGUCAGACUUCUGCGUCCCUGGCCUGCUGUAAUAAAAUAUCAUAAACAUUA